AUGGCCUCGAAAACUUUUCUUUCACAUCCGACCAGCACCCUUGUGCUUGGUCUUCUCCCCGUUGUCUUCGCCCAUGGCGGCGGCGGCGAGCACGGUGAGAUACACGAGGCCGACAAGCCCAAGGACGAUUCCGAGUACCCACCCACCUAUUUCGCCCAUCUUGACCAUGUCGGCGUCAUCUACACCCAUAUCGCGCUUAUGGUCAUCGCCUGGGUCUUCGUUCUGCCAGUCGCCGUGAUGCUAGCUUUGGCGCGAUCCCGAUACACGCUUCCGCUCCAGUCCGCCUUCUUAGCCACCAACGCCCUCGGUCUCCUCCUCGGUACCAUAUAUAACGCUCAGACCCCAGACCUAUACCCGAACAAUGCGCACCACAACAUUGGUUGGAUCGUAACAUGGGUUGUCUCAGCCCAAGUGCUCGUGAGCGCAGUAGGAUGGAUCGCCGGAGCGUUUCGAGCUGCUGGAAGCCGAAGUCGCAGCGACAACCAAGUGUUUCUUCCAGUCUCAACCGAGGCGACGUACGAGGAUCAAUAUCACAGUCAUGGUGGCCAUAAUGAUCGCGACCGAACCUCGGGCCCUUACCGAUUGUCCGACGACAGUGGCCAGGGUACUGAGCCCAACACAUCGUCCCUGAGAAGCAACUCAGUCUCGACCUUUGACGGAGUAGACGACGUUCCACUCCACAGUCGCCACAAAGAGUAUGAAGACGACGAUAAUGAUGAUCUAGACGCUAUGCCCUUGGCCUCGAAUAACCGGAAGAGUAAGAUUGCAAUUCAGGCUGCAAAAAUCGUCACUUGUCGAAUUUGGCGGUAUCUGGACAUCGGCUACCAGGUAGUCGAUCGCAUUAUCCUUCCAUUCGGUUUCAUUGCGCUUGCGACUGGCAUCGUCACCUUCGGUCGCUUCUUCGAAGGCAGUGGCAUCUUCGGCGGCCUAGCGCAUUGGAUCAAGGGCGGUGUCUUCGUCUGGCUCGGCCUCUUCACGCUGGGACGUUGGUCUGGCAGCUUCGGCGAGCUUGGAUGGGCCUGGAAUGUGCGUCCGAAGCGAUCCUUGCAGAAAUGGUGCCCGUCGGCCGAGUUUGUCGAGAGCGCCCUCAUAUUCUUCUAUGGCUCCACCAAUAUCUUCCUCGAGCAUCUCGGUGGUUGGGGAGGUGCUUGGACUGCCCAGGACAUGGAGCAUAUCUCCAUCAUAGUCUUGUUCAUUAGUGGUGGACUGUGCGGCAUGCUUAUUGAAUCGACUCGGAUCCGAGAUUUGCUCAACACAACGGUGGUUGAUGCUAAACCGGCGCACGAGUACUCCAACGAAGAAGGAGAGCAGUUGCAGCCUCCUGCGACGUAUGAGUUCUCUCUGAAUCCUAUCCCCGCCUUGGUCAUCUUGCUGUUAGGCAUCAUGAUGAGCUCACACAGUCAGGCGACCAUGAUAUCGAGCAUGGUACACAAGAAAUGGGGGGAUCUCCUGCUCGGAGCCUCUCUCGCAAGAGGCUUCACUUACGUGCUCAUGUUCCUCAAGCCUCCCAAGUCAGUUCUUCCGUCUCGGCCUCCAACCGAACUCCUAGUAUCUUUUGGUUUGAUUGCCGGAGGUAUCAUCUUCAUGGCGAGUGCUGGAGACACUGUCGAGGGGAUGAUCCACUACGAACUGGAUGCCAUGCUCAUGUACACCGUUACCAUGGGACUGGUAGGGUUGUUGAUGGCCUGGGAGGUCGUUGUUCUUGCCAUCAAGGGCUGGGCUCUUCGCCGAGAACGCCGAUCUGGAUAUCACCGGUCUUUUUGA